AAAAAAAGGUGAUAGAAUUCCUUUUAUAUCUAUUACUUUCUGUAAAAUAAUUUUUAAUAAUAAUCAUAAAAUAAAUAGAUAUCAAUAAUAUAAAAAUGGAUACAUUAUUAGAAUUACCAUUCAAAUUUGUCAAGGUACCAAAAAUGAGAUUAAAGGUACCAAAUAUCAGCAAACCUUCACCAAUGGUCGUAUUUUCAAUUAUUUUCUUCACCUAUUUCUUAGUAUCAAGUGGUAUUAUUUACGAUCUUAUUAUCGAACCACCCUCAAUUGGUUAUCAACCAGAUGAACGUGGUCAUGCCCGUCCAACAGUAUUCCAAAUGUAUCGUAUCAACGCUCAAUAUAUUAUCGAAGGUCUUUCUGCCGGUUUCAUCUUUUUAUUAGGUGCUUUAGGUUAUAUUAUUUUAGAUUUAAAUUCAAAGAAAAACAACUCUUACGUUUUUGCUGUUGGUUUAGCUUUAAUUGUAGCAUCUUAUAAUAUUGCAAUUGUUUUCAUUCGUAUGAAAAUUCCAGGUUAUAACCCAAUCAGUAUUUAUUAAAAAUUUUAAAAAAUCUAGAUAUAGAAAAAAGAAAUAUAAUAAUAAUCAUAAUUAUCUAAAAAAAAUAAAAAUAAAAUCAUUGUAUACAUUUUUUAAUAAU